AUGGACCUUCCCCAAACAAGCCGCCUCUACAGCGCAGCAAUCGCCGCUUCCAAGUAUGCUGACCAGCGUCUAGAGCCUCGUACGCGAACCGACUACAGCGGUAGUCUACGGCGCUUUGCGGACUUCUGCCGCACCGAAGGGUAUCCCAACCCGACUCUCAAACGAUUCCCUGAGUUGCCUGGUGUUAUGGCUGCCUACAUCAACCAUCUGACAACGUCCAACACAAGUCAAUGGCCUGCAGAGAAGCUUCGCGCUGCGCUUAACUGGCACUACAAAAAGCCUGAGAUGUUGGUCGGAGGACACCCUCAUGAUCGUUGGGUUGUGGACACAGCUCCAGAUGGAACACUUGUUCUCCGUGGAAACCCGGCACGACCGUCAGCUAUCACUCAGAUUCUGGCUGAUCUCAACAAGUCCAAGAAGCGUGAAAGGACGCCUAAAAGAGCAUCACCAAUGUCACUGCAGAUGCUUACUCGUGUCAUCGCCUUUCUUGAGUUCAAUUCUAUCUGUGUGUGCUUCUAUGGAAUGUGCCGCAUUAAUGAAGUUCUUCUGAUGAAACGGCGCGAUAUUCAGCUUGGACUUCAACGUAAAUCACGCAAGAACGGAUUAAUGAUUCGGUUUGGUUGCUUCACUAUUCGCGAUCGAAAAACGGACCAUGACCCGCUCGCCAGUCGCACCUACUCGCUUCACCUGCUACCCAAGGAAGAACGAGCUGCUGAAGCAUUAACACACUUGAGCCGCUGGUUUGAAUAUGCACGGACUAAACUGCAUCACAACUGGAGUGAAGAUGAUUAUGCGUUCCCAUCGCUGACCAAGGUUUCCCGUGAUUCGAGAAAGCGCGCUCGCGGCGAUGACACUACUACUGAUGCACGAGCUUUCGCUAACGUAGGCAUCAAGUGGGGUUCUCCCAUGUCGGACAGUAGCUUCACCCAAGUGCUAAAUAUAAUUGCCGAAGCUGCUGGCACUAGCAAGAAUUACCGGUUCAUGUUCGCUCCUGAGAAGCGGAGGUGGUCACUCAAGCUAGUGAAGUGGUGGGCCGGCUGGGCGCCAAGUGAAAAAGCAGAAACGGUGACGCGGUAUCUCCUGGAUGACGUGCUCGAUCGUGAAGAGAGUUUACUUGGGGACUCGCUAGCACCGGAUGCCAUCAUGCACACAAGUGCAUCACUUGAAUGUGUGAGGGAUACAGAUUACAUUUGCCCGCGAUAUGAUGACGAAGAACUGCUGGGAGCGCCAGUGGAGACUGAAGAUAGCUGCACAGCGAUGCCCGCUUCAGCUGUCGAUCGGCUGAAGCAGGACCUUCUCGAGGGAUUGCGCGAUAUGAUUAAAGGUGUUGUAACUACAUCACAGACUAUCGAAGAUGUUAAAAGGAAUGGUGUAGGCAAUGCGGACCCGGUGUCGGAUACCUCUUUGUUAAUGUCUGAACUUCACGGGGCAAAGUCCUGGCGCGACUACGUCACGCAGUAUUGGGUAGCGAAUCCGGCGUGCCACCAGUAUCGUGCGGGUGUUGACAUGCUGUCACACGAACGCAAGGCACACCGAUCCCGAUUGUCGAGGAUGAAAAUCAUUGCAGAGUUCGUGCGUGGUGAGUUUCAAGACGACUUAGACCGCUUCGAAGCUGAGUUUUCAUGCUGUGUAAACGGCGACAUGACUGUAAACAACAUUCUUGCUGCAAUUCGUGCGCGUAAAAAACGGUGA